CUCGCGCAACCUGCAGCCAUUAAACCAGCACCCGCGCUCGGCUGCAGUGGCUGAGCUUCCGCCCGCACAGACAGGGUGCAAAGGUUUGAGUCUCCCGAACUCCAAGGCCGGGCCAGGUGCCUGCCAUGGUGACCCUGGACCUGGGGUCCUGGGGCUCCCCGAGGAAGCCCUACGGAGGGCCGACUAGGGAGCAGCGUCGCGGGGGCACGGUUUCAUGCAAGGGGGGAAUCCCUGCCCUCCGAAGCUUGAGCACACAGUUUUAUAGUUAGGUUUCUUACAGGUGUCACGCGGCGUGAGUAACCUUUCUUGGAGCCUCCAGUGCCCUCGCCAGGCAUGACCUCAGGUUGUCCUAGAAAAUUUGGCUGUGAAAUAUAUUCUUGAAUAAUUGCUCAUUGCAUUAUUGAAUAAUUGUGGGCAUUAGCUUUUUUUUUUUUUUUUUAAGGAAAAGUGGGUGCUCCAAAUGGAAAUGAGAAGGGAGGGAGCAGGGACUUGCAUUUGAAAUUGACUGCUGCACUUGGAAAAACCAAACGUGUGACCCUUUUGGGAUUUGCUACCGUCUAAUGAUUUUACCUUUCCACAGUCUUAGCACUUGCCACCAAAAGCUUCAAAAGGUCAAGGAAAAAAUAGCAAAUGCAUUGCUGAUCGGAAUUUAUCCAUCCGUCUCUUGCCAAGUAAUUAAGUGCUUGAUUGCAUAAUCUGAUGAAUAAAUCCCAUAUUUAUUCAGCAGCUUGCAUAAACUGCUGAACAAAUAUGGGAUGCUGUAACUUCUUUUUUUUUUAACAUUGGGUCAAGGUGAGAGAUGGGGGGACGUUUUCUUGAAAGAUUUGGGUGUUUAGGCUUUACCUGAAAAUGCUGUGUUUAGGUCAAAGGAUAAUCUAUUAAUAGUACAAAGGCGCGGGGUGAUGAGCAUACACUGUAGCGACUCACAGCCCUUCUGUUUUUCUCGGGCAGCCCGUUUGCAGGGUGGAAUGAAGCACAUCAACCUGUCCUUCGCGGGCUGUGGGUUUCUGGGCAUUUACCACUUGGGGGCAGCAUCGGCCCUUUGCAAACACGGACAGAAACUGCUGCAGAACGUCAAGGCCUUCGCCGGCGCUUCCGCGGGCUCCCUGGCUGCCUCUGUCCUGCUCACAGCCCCGGAAAAAAUAGAGGAAUGCAACGAGUUCACCUACCAGUUUGCUGAAGAAAUCCGAAGGCAGUCUUUCGGGGCGGCGACCCCCGGCUACGAUUUCAUGGCCCGGCUGAGGAGCGGGAUGGAGUCCAUCCUGCCCCCCGACGCCCACGAGCUGGCCCACCACCGGCUGCACGUGUCCAUCACCAACACCAGGACCCGGGAGAACCUCCUGGUCUCCAGCUUCUCCUCCAGGGAGGACCUCAUUCAGGUCCUGCUAGCCAGCAGCUUCAUCCCGGUGUACGCGGGGCUGCGGCCGGUGGAGUACCGAGGGCAGAAGUGGGCGGACGGCGGCUUCACCAACAGCCUCCCCAUCCUGCCCGCGGGCCGCACCGUGACCGUCUCGCCCUUCAGCGGGCGGCUGGACAUCUCCCCGCAGGACAGGGGGCGGCUGGACCUGUACGUCAACAUCAGCAACCAGGACAUCGUGCUGUCCGUGGCCAACCUGGUGCGGCUGCAGCAGGCCCUGUUCCCCCCCGGCAGGAGGACGCUGCAGGGCCUGCACCAGCGCGGCUUCGCCGACGCCGUCCGCUUCCUGCGGAAGGAGGACUGGUUCGAAGACCGCGCCUGAGCGUCGGUCUGGGCGGCCAAACCCGGCUCGGGCGGUGUGCGGUGGGCACUGGCCGUGAGUGAAUU